AAGGUGUGUCUGGACUUAUACGCCUACGAAGGGGCACCUUGUCGACAACAAAAGGGCAAACCCGAGGAGAAGGAGGAGGAGGAGGAGGAAGAGGAGAAGAAAUGUUUUGCGGUGAGUGUUGUUCAAACAGCAAUCAUGUUCGGCCCUCAGGGAAUGUCACACACCAGCGCACGCAUGGGGCGUGGGGGCAGGGAGCCGGUGACAAUUCCAAAAGUGCCAAGCAUGCCCUUGCUGAGGGUAUGGAGGAACGCCUCCGAAAAACUCGAUAAAAGCAAAGUGACUUACCUUUCAGCGAACAUACAGAACCUAAACUAA